AAACAACAUCAUCAGCAACCUUACUCACCAUCUCUUCAUCCCAUAUAUACUGGACAACCAUGUCAUCCGAACCAGCUACUCCAACCGAUAGCGAACUCCUUGAUCAAGAAAUAAUAGCGCUUAAAGAGCAAGCCGCUGCUUUGCGCAAGUCGCUCAAAAUCGAAACAUCAACAAUUCUUGCUGCGCCCUCAACACAAGCUUUUCUCAAGCCAUCCAAGAAUUCUCUAUCAUCCCGGAAUAUACCAUCCCGCACGAAGCUCCUGAGCGAAGCCGACAAACAAAAAGCAUAUAACCAGCAAUGUCUUUAUCGCAUAGGUAGCUCUGUCACUGCUUUCAAGGUCCAAGACCCCGACCCCAAUGCAGUUGACGGAGGGCAUGUCCUUGGCUUGCGCUUCGAAGUCAUGUCCAAGAGCCAGUUCCUGCUCCCUUACUAUGUCAUGCUUAACAGACCAUACUUCAAUUCCAAAUACCUGCGAAUCCACCGAAACACUCUGCCCUCUGCGAUACCCAUAGCCGGCUUGGCAGCCCGUUAUCUUCCGGCACCACGCCCGGAGAGCGACAAGUCUCCUCAGCAAAACCUCGACCGUUUCGUCAGAGCGCUCCGAAGAGAAAUCGUGCGGUAUCACAACCGACUCGGUGUCUCUGCGGACCUGCGACGAAGUCUCGGAUUGCACGACAGGGUGGACGAUCCAGUUCUGCCUGAUGACAUUGUCGAGGUUGGAAUAGCUGAUAUUGAGGCCAAACAGAUUCGAUUCUCCUGGGCUGAUGAUCGAAGUGGCAGAGUUGUUAUGGAUAAUGACGGGAGGGUUAUCAAACUUAUGAUGUUUGGUAGAGAAGGCCGCGAUUGGGAGACAACGAAGGAGCUCUACGGAAAGUAUGAGCGAAUCGAAGACGUGGCCAAAACCCUCCAGACAUAUGUCAAUGGUUGAGUUCCGCAGUCAACGAUAAGUCAUCUUGGCCAUCAACUAAAUUUUGGUAUGGCCCAUUGAACUCCUCUUCAGUAAUGUUCCAAUGACGACAAGGGAUCUGCAUGAUACCGCUUUCUCAGAAGGUGACCUGCUUCAAGAGUGGGAUCAACUUGAACUCAACGAGCUACAAUCACUACUUUGCAUGACAGCGAACCGAAGCAGCCGUUAUCGCCGCCCCUUCGAGCAAUAAGCCCUUUGACACCUUGAGAACCCAGCACUAGAGAAGCGGUGUCAGGAGGGGUAUGAUACAGCACAAGCCACAAAGAUCGCAAUGCAUUGCACAUACUUAAUCAACCGAGUAAGGGCAUUGCAACGCUUACUACUUACCAGGGGCCUGGCAUUGUCGACGUGUUGCGCCUGAGACACCUGGCAUGGGCUGUUGAACUGUCGGUGUGUCAGCAAACAUGGGCGACAACACCAACUCAAGCACCAAGCUACACCGAGUAACACGAUGCUUGAUUCACCGACAAGACUGGUCACUGUGUUGCGUGGAUAGAUGUGUUAUUAGGAAUCCGAAUAAGAGAAUAUUUCGAGCCUCGGGUUCCAAGGGUCGUGGUGGGACUAUGCCCUGUGUGAUAAUGUUUCAAUAUCGCCGAGAUAGAUAGUUCAAUUGAUACACGGCCAGACGUAUUUCUAGUCAGCUACCU